AUGGUCGCUUUUGCUGCCGUCGUAAUUUCUGCGGACCCUCAGUCCGAGGCCUUCUGCCGACAGUUCCCCUCGUUGGCCCUAUGCAAAUUGCCCGCUAUUCUUCAGGGCUCCUACGACGAGUUGCAGUACCUGCUAGCCGGCGCUGAUCAACUCCCCCAGAUGUCGCAAGGACCCCAGAAUGAGCUCCUCGCCAACACCCUGCAAAAGCGGAAGUCCGCCUUCGUCCGAUUCGGCAAGCGAUCCGUUGAGGAGACGCAAGACAUGCCAGAGAAGCGCAAAUCCGCUUUCGUCCGUUUCGGCCGCUCCGACCCCGAGCUCCUUUCCGCCGACAUGGAGAAACGGAAGAGCAACUACGUCCGAUUUGGC